AUCGCCACCUCCAGGACGCCAAAGCAAUUCAAGGGAGAGCCUGACCGACAACACUAAGCAUUCAACGGCAUCAUCACUGCAUACUGCUGCAUGCCCUGUGCUAGAUCAAAUCUCCGAGAGUCAAGACUCGUACAUCGAUCGUUGUCUUGGUCGGCCCAGACCCGCUGCAUAAGACCUCGUCGAGACCUGGUUUAAACUACAACCGCGACUACUUCUAUCCAAGACAACUUGCCAACAUUCUUAACUCGCCUCCCUGGACCAAGACCCAUUUUCUAUCGUUCUCCCUUCACGGCAGCUUGAAUGUCUACUGUCAAGUUCCAGUGUCCUCCCUACAAGCUUUUUGAGCCUGACUACCAUCCGCAGAAGCCCAUCAUCGUCGGAGUUGACGACAGGCUUGAAUCGCCUGACACGAUCGCGCUUCGUUACGAAGAAGCUGCUCGAGUAGAGACCGGGGGAGACCCACGAGGGGACUCCCCUCCUAGGCUCUUGGAGAUGGCGACUUACACCAAGGCCCAGCUGCCUUCCAUGCAUGCUGGCUACGAUGUGGCCCGAUACCAAGAUGCAGGUUACGAACAGUACUCUACACAGGCCUACCCGACUCAGCAGCAAUCCGACAAAUUUGCUCACUUGAACCAGCAAUCUUUUGCAUCCAAUAGUGCCGCUGUGGCACAGUAUAUGCCUUCUGGCCCUACAGUUUUAUCUUGCCAACCCGCAACGGGCAUUUUUGGCACCAAGGUUUAUGUCAAGCUCUCGUCCCAAUACGAUUUGUUCUCGUUAUCUACACCAAUUCCAACGUGGUUUUUGGUGUUCGGAUCUGAGAAGUGCUCUGCCCAAGACGUCUCUCGAGAUAUACAAGAGGGGUCAGGGUUUAUCUACACUUGCAGUGGAGAUGCGCCUCAGUUUUUGGUCACAAACUGUGCAAACAGUAAUGUGCCAUUGUCACUCGUCCUCGACGGUCCUUCUGGAGAAGAAAUUUCUCGCAUUCCCGUUGGUACUUUUCAAUAUCUUGAAGGGUCCGGGGAUGACAUCACGAGGUCGACUAAGAUGCCUAAGCAUGAGGACGCGGCACCUGCCACCACGAUCGAUCAGCCGAGUACCUCACCCAAAGGUGAGCCUCAGCUACCAUCAGAGCCUGGUACAAAUACCUAUGAAUAUCCACCUCAGCAAGGACAAUAUGCCAAUACAUUCCCACAAGCAAACAGCGACAUGAUUAGUACUUACAAUAGAAGCACGAGCUUCACAGACCCUCACUACCAUCGGCGUCCAACGACUGGAUGGAAUCCUUAUCCGAGCACGCUGGGCAGCACAGGGAGGGGCCCCGGUGGAUUGGACACUUCUUUGGUUGGACGUCCGCCUUUGACACCCUUGGGAAUGUCUUCUCCGUCUCACUCUAACGGCGCUCCUCAACUUGUCCGAACCAGCACCAUCACUGCCAAUGCUGGAAACAACACAAGUUACCAUCCUAUCUCGCUUUAUUCUGGCAAGGCGGUUUUGAAAAUCUCAGGCAAGCUGGAAUCGAUGGCCGAGAACUGGACAUCAGAGGAAUGGGCCAACCGUCGUCGGAUUGUCCUCUUCCGCAAGACACAAAAGGGAUCUACAGUUAACGCUACCUGCCAAUCGGUAAGCGUCAAUGAGCGACCAACCAACAGCAUCUGUAUAUCAUGCAUCUGGUGGGCCGAAAAAGGCGAGUGUUAUGUCACAUCGGUCGACACUAUCCACCUUCUCGAGCAACUGGUCGCAGCGCCGAACCGUUUCAGUGUCGAGGAGAAGAACCGUAUUCGCCGUAACUUGGAAGGCUUCCAUCCGCAGACAGUCUCCAAGGCUAAGCCAGAUAGCGAGGAGUUCUUUAAGAUCAUCAUGGGCUUUCCCAAUCCCAAGCCCCGCAACAUUGAGAAGGAUGUUAAGGUAUUCCCAUGGAAAAUUCUUGAGUCUGCCCUCAAGAAGAUUAUCGGCAAGUACAGCGUUAAUCCCAGCACGCCGGUUCCUCCCCCCAUGAUGAGCCAGACCAACGGAGGGUAUGCGCCUUUACCCACGCCUCCUGGACAAAGCAUGGCCCCAGCUCAUCCUGAUGCUCAUACGCAAUACUCGCUCCCUCAGCAUCACGACUCGAUACCUUCCCCGCGAUCACUAUCAGGCUCUCAACCUAGUUGGACACCAUACACUACGGGUCCGGGAUACUCUACAGCUGCAUCUCGAACGCUGAGCCCUGGUCUUCGUCACCACAGUCCGCAGCAACCGCCUCUGCGUAUCAACACAACACCCCUGCCAGCGGUUUCGACCUACGACAGCCGAAGCGGAGGAUAUGGAACAAGCGGUUUGCAUACCCCGCUGAGCCAUCACCCACCAACUGCAACUCCUCCUCGAUGGGACCCCACGCCUGCAACAUACCCAGAAGGCUAUACCAGCCUGACAUCACAGACAGCUCAGCCAGUGUACGGUGCAGCGGGAUAUGCAGAACCUGCACCAAGAGCAUGAAAGGGUCGUGGCGCUCAGUCGCCUAGGUCAUCAUCGGAUGACCAUUGAGUGCCCCGCGGGCCUUCUACCUCGUGUUGAUGGCUUGGUUGUGUCGGAAGGUUGUAUCAAGCAGCCUCGUGAACAUUGAAGGAGGGUCGUGGGGGAUGAUCAGGUGUUGUGGCGCACGCCAAUGGCGG